GACGUUGUUUCGUCUAAAAUCAAAUCAUGCUCAAUGGCUUUUAAAAAGCUGCGGCACCGAGUAUUGCUUUACGAUGUGGCGAAGAAGCGAACCACGUGUGGGGCAUGCUGAGUUGAACAAACGGACCUUGCGUGCCAUGGCAGCCAUUUGCGUUUUCUUCCAGAGUCGCGUUCAGUCUUGAGUACGCUCUCUGUCUUCUCCUUUCUGCGCCGACUGAGCUCCAACUGAAAUUUUCUGAUCAGGAUGGUUGAGGAGGUUCUGUUUUUGAAAAGCCAAGUGAAGCGACGGCCGCCACCAGGCGUUUUCUAGAUACAGUUUCUGCGUAUAGGAGCAUGUGGCUUUGGUAAUAGCUCUGCCACAUGGGGUUUUCUUCUGCUAUUCUUUCCAAUCUUCCAGCGGACACCUACCCGAAGUUGUUCCGGCUGAGGUUCAAUGUGAAGCAGAAUAGAGUGAAUUUUAUAACAACUGGAAAAAUAAUAAGACCUUCAAAGUGGAUUGUCAAAUCAGUCUUAAAUUGCAGCAAGUCGAGCAUUAAUGACAAUGGGGCAACUGAACCUGCAAGGAUUCUUCUUGAGAGAUUGUUUGCACAGACAAAGAAACUUGAAGAAGAAAUGACCAGUGACUCUCAGCUUCCCAGGGAUGUUCAACCAGGGUUUAACCUCGAAAUCCUUGAGUCUGAUCUUCUGGCUGUUUUGGAUGCCUUGAGGAAGAAGGAAGAAGAUCUUCAACAUGCAGAGAAACAGGUUUUGUCAGAGCACAAUGAUUUAAACUUUGCAAAGCAGGAGUUGCAGCAACGUGAAAAAGAAAUUGCUGUUGCACAUUCCAAGCAUGAAAAACUAGAAGGGGAGCUGAGAGAGGCCAAUCUCAACCUAGCUUCUCAAGCCAGGCAGAUUGAAGAUAUAAAGCUUCAACUUAAGGAGAGGGAGGAGGAGGUGGCUGCUGGACAAUCUGCACUACUUAUAAAGCAACAUGAAAUUGAAAAAAAGAUAAGUGAAUUGACAAAGAAGAGCGAGGAGGUUGCUAAAAUGGACUCUGAACUGCAAUACAAGGCUCAACUCUUGGAUGAGGCCAAUGAAGUUGUAAAGAAACAAGAAAUUGAGAUUCAAAGACUCAAAAAAGGUCUCCAAGAGAAAGAAAAAGAAUUGGAAGUUUCUGUGGCUCUUAGAAAAGUUGAAGAGGAGAAGUUAAAAGUUGUACAGACCAAUUUGGAGAAGCAGGCAAUGGAAUGGUUAAUAGCACAAGAGGGUCUGAAGAGGUUGGCAAAUGAAACAUCUAAACGUAUGGUAGAAACUAAUGAAACUAUGAAGGAUUUCAAAAGGGUGAAAAAGCUUCUAGUUGAUGUGAGAAGUGAGCUGGUUUCUUCGCAGAAAUCUCUGGCAUUCUCUAGAAAGCGAAUGGAAGAACAGGACCUGCUAUUAAAAAAGCAGCUAUUGGAACUUGAAGAAGAGAGGGAGAGUGUAAUGUCUUACAUGACUAGUUUAAAAGAUGCCCAAAUGGAAGUUGAGAGUGAGAAAGGAAAACUUAGGGCUGCAGAGGCUCGAAACAAGGAGCUUGAACAAAAGUUAUCCUUGGAGAAGGAGAUCAUGGAAGAGAUACGUGAGGAGUUGAAUAAAGAGAAAUCUUCUUUGGAGCAGAUGGUGCAGGAGAUGUCUUAUUUGCAGCAGGAACUAGCGGCAAAAAAUACUGAAUUUGGUGAAAUGCAUGAUAUUCUUCAGUUUAAAGAGUCAGAAUUGGUGGAGGCUAAGCUAGAAAUUCAGCAUUUGAAAUCUGUGCAGUGUUCUCUUCAGCUUCUCUCUGAGGAGAAAGAUUUGCAACUCUUGGAUGCAAAGAAGAAGUUGGAGGAAUUAGACCAGGAGGUUGCUGAGCUAAAGAUGCUCCUGAGCAGUAAAGAAGACCAACUAAUUCAAGCCACAAAUAUGCUGAUGGAGAAAGAGGAGCGUGUUCAGAUGAUGCAAGAUGAGCUGAAUGAUGCAAGGCUGAAAAUAUCUGAAGCUGAAACUGUAGUGGAACGCAUUGUAGAUCUCACAAACAAACUGGUUAUCACUGUUAAGGAUGAAGAUUAUAAUGCAGUUAGGCCAUCUGGGAGCAUGGACUUGGAACUAAUUCGACAGCCAUUGGACAAGACAAGUGAUGAUUUUAGUUUGCAGAAGAAACAGCUUGAAGGUGAGCUCAAGCUGACCAGAGAGAGCUUAAGAAUGAAAGAAAUGGAAGUCUUAGCUGCACAGAGGUCUCUGACAAUCAAAGAUGAGGAGCUUAAAGUCGUUUUGGGGAGAUUAGAUUCCAAGGAAAAGGAACUAAAAAGAAUCAAGGAUGAAAUGCUUGAAGAUGCUAAUGAUCUGAAUAAGCUCUAUUCUUUGGCACAAGAGAGAAUUGGUGAGAAAAGUAUUGGGGACUGGGCUAUCGAGAAGCUUCAACUAGAGGCAGCUCAACUGGAAGUAGAAGCUGCAACCUGUGCUCUACAAAAGCUUGCUGGGAUGAGUCGAGAACUUCUGAAUAAAGCUAAUCUAAGCGUUGAGGCUGAUGACAAUGUUGAUAUGUUCACACAAAGUAGCUCUGAUUCUAAGAUAAGCAUUUUUGAGAACAAUGAAUGUUUGAAGGAGGUUAAAACAGGAGUUGCUCGAUUAUCAGCUUUGACUGAGCAGCUGGUGAAAGAAGCUGGUGUUGUUGUUGGUGAAGCCUAAUGGGAUAGUGAAGCUAGUCACCUGAUUCUGUGUAUAGGCAUAUAGAUGUUAACUAUUUUCUUCAGAAUGUGAUCAUAACCUUGUUGGGUGUCAACUAUCAAGUCAAUUCUAGUAGUGCCGAUUCUUGCUGUAUGAUGAAUGUAAACUGAGACUUGUUUUUUCUACACAAGCUUUUAAUCCAAUUAAUUCUUUCCAA